UCUUGCCGGUCACCGAAUCUAUUGUAGUGUUUAUUGACGCUGUCAAUCAUUCUGACGGGAUACGAGCAAGAACCGAAAGGUUUGGGUGUAUAAGAAUUCCCACUGCGCACGCAUCCGCUGCCCGUGUUCCUUUCUCAACCACCCAACCCAGCCUAUACUUCCCUCCUUUUUCUCUUCUUGUGGGCUCCUAAUCAGCCUUUCCGUCACCGUGGCUACCCUAGGACUCAGUGUGUUGGCCAAUCUUCCAUACUCCAGUCCGGUGCAUUCUUCUUCCCAAUAUCAUUCGCUGCCUGGCUUUCCUCUCGCCCAACCAACCGGCUCCCUCUCUCAGGCUCCUCUUCGUCAAUCUCCAGCUCAUCUGGAGAGAGGAGGAGCCCCGCCAUGCCCAGGAUCAUCUCAACAAUCGGUACUGAGAGAUUUGAAGCACAUGUCGCCCCCUGUCUCUGCUCCCUCGAUAGGCGCUGCUCGGGCGUCUGAGAGUCGCGGUUCCCUUGAACGGAAAAGGCCUCGCCUGGACGAUGACUCGGAUAGCUCAGAUCAUGUUCGUUCGCGACCUUUCUCCUGGCAAUCAUCUGACCCGUUGGGUUAUGCAUUGAAUUCGACUGGGCAGUCUCGUCCCAUUGGCGUGGAAUCGAUUCUUAAUCCUCCCUCCAAGACGCCGGGUAUCAAACCAGAAAACGGUCGGGAAAGUCAUGUUGCAUCACCAUCUUCACACAAUCGACACCCGUCCUCGCCGACGGUGCAUCUUCCCUCACCAACACUCCACCCGGCUAAGCGACUUUCCUCCUCUCCCGCGGUCAGAAGCCAUCCGGUUAUAGCCCCUGCAUCGCCAUCAGCUCGGUUCCCUCCUCUUGGGGGCAGCUUGAGCUUGAAGGCUGGACCGGCCCAAUUUCCACUCACCCAAACAUCACGCCUGAGCUCGUACCCUAGAGGUCCCAGCUCGCCCCAUUUCAUCGACUCUGUUCCAGGGCACCCCGUAUCGACCUCCCCUCACCCGACUUCAGCCUCAAUCCUGGCCCCAGUCUCGGUGCAAUCAACUCCAACUUUCCAUAGCCGCCAAGCGAGUGGCAACCACACUCCGCAUCCGAGUUCCCAGGAAACGAGUCCAACAACACCGGUGUCGACUUACAGUCAGUUUGGUCAAUCGUCUCCGGCGAUAGCAGCGACUCCCAUGCCACACCAGACACCUUCGUUCGGAAACACGUCAUAUACGGCAGGAGAUUCGGCGAGUAGGCUACCUCCUGCCAUGGCCGUACCGCGGCCUGGGGACGAGUUGGCCGAGGCACCACCUGCGGGCAUGAUUCCGUGUUUCGUCGAUACGAAAUCAGGCUCGUCGCAGCAGGCAGAGAAGCGGAAGGCUAACAGUGACGCAUCAAGAAGAUUCCGCAAUCGCAAGAGGAACGAGAUGCAAAUGGAACAGAAAAUCACUGCGCAGCAGGACGAGAUGAGGAAACAAGCCGAGGCUCUACAAAGACAAACACAAGAGAUUCGGGCUUUGACCCAGGAGCGCGACUUCUACCGCUCCGAGCGAGACUUCUUCCGUGACCAUUAUACUCGCCUGGUACCUGCAGGGCAGAUACCUACAAGGCCAACAUCCCCGCAUGCGUUCCGUACGUCUUAUCUCACGGCUCCUGAUCAAGAUCGAAAGGCAGCUUGGCACGGACCCGAGGCAACUCGCGAAAGCCUGGACUCCGCACAUGGAUCAGCAGCGGGUAGGGCUUCCAUCGCCGAUUCGAAGAUGAUGCCCUUGUCGACGGCACGACCACCUGUCACAUGGGCUACCUCUUCGGCUUCUUACGCCACGAUGCACGCAGAGCGGGGCAUCGUACCCGUGGAGAGACCCCCUCGAGAGUUAGCACACGCUUCUGGGGCCUGGACACAGGGCUCCUAAUGCUCCCAUUUUGGGCUGCGAGAGGUGACACAGAGACAUCAUCCGCAUGCCCUCAGUCCCUCAUGCAAUAUACCUUGGGCAGUUUUUCCGAGGGCGU